AUGUCCGCAACCUCCACCUUGUUACAACCACGAGUCCAAGCACGAGCACACGCAGGACACUCUCAUGGCCACGGUCAUGGGCACAGCCAUGAUAAUACAUACCUCACUUCGAGUAAUAGAAAUGAUGCCGGCGUCAGAAUCACAAGAAUUGGGCUGUUCGUCAAUCUAGGAAUGGCAAUUGGAAAAGGUGUUGGCGGUUAUAUGUUUCACUCCCAGGCUUUGAUAGCCGAUGGUUUUCACGCCUUGACGGAUCUCGUCUCUGACUUCAUGACUCUGGCCACCAUUUCCUGGUCCCUCAAGCCUGCUACCGACCGGUUUCCGUCCGGCUUCGGCAAGAUCGAGAGUCUAGGUGCUCUAGGCGUGAGUGGACUACUACUGUUCGGUGGCAUGGGCAUUGGUCUCAACGGCCUGGAUGCUCUGUACACCCAGAUUUUUCUCGAUACUGUUGAACAUGCUCAUGAUCAUGCCGAGCAUUCACAUGGCCUUUUCUCCUUUCUAGGCCAUAGCCAUAGCCACGGUGUGUUACCAGAUCUCAAUGCUGCGUGGCUUGCCGCAGGCUCAAUUGUGGUCAAGGAAUGGCUUUAUCGAUCCACCAUCAAAAUCGCCCGAGAACGAAAAUCCUCUGUUCUGGCCUCCAAUGCUGUUCACCACCGGAUCGAUUCCCUGACCAGUAUUGUUGCACUUGCUACUAUCGGUGGUGCACACGUUUUUUCAGAUGCAUCCUGGCUGGACCCGGUUGGUGGAUUACUCAUCUCUGCGAUGGUUGUCAGAGCCGGCUGGAACAAUACUCGCACGGCCUUACUAGAACUCGCAGAUACAACCGUGGACGAUGAAAUCAAGUCAUCUGUGAGGAGAUCUGCAAAUAAAGCUCUCGUUGGGGACGAGGCAAAGGGCGUUCAAGCUGUACGAUAUGGCGACGAAGUUGAAAUUCGAGACGUGCAGGGGAUCAAGUCCGGUCAGAACUAUUUAAUGGACCUUGAACUAGCCGUUCCACAGUCUUUCACGUUGUCACAACUCGAUGUCAUCGAAGGCGCUGUUCGGGAACGGAUUGGAUCAAAGGUUCGAGGGGUGCGCCGGGUUCGUGUCAAAUUUGUGGCAUCUGAAGACACCUCUUCUAGCCUCGCCAGUGACUUUAUUCAGACCAACGUGAGUCCACGAUCGAGCCCAGAGCCAGAACCAGAAGACGAGCACGAACACGCGCAUGAUCAUGACCACCACCACCAUCACCAUUCUCACGAUCAAGACCGGACCCACAGCCACGCAAAUGGAAGUACAACUUUACAUCAAGUACGGAAGGAAAAAUAG